AUGGCGAGGGGGCAGCUGUCGGGGGGCACCUGGGGAACCCUGGUUCUGCUGGGGCUGAUGCUGCCGGCCGCCCCGGCGGGCGCCUGGUACAAGCACGUCGCCAGCCCCCGGUACCACACGGUGGGGCGAGCUUCGGGGCUGCUGAUGGGGGUCCGCCGCUCUCCUUACCUCUGGCGACGGGAGCUGGCGGCCGAACCCCCCCGGCAUCCCGGGACCCCCUCCGGGGAUAGCCCUUCGCCCCCGGGCCGUCCCACCGGGGACAACCCCCCGGCUGCCGCCCCGGCCCCGCCGCCGCCCGGUCCCGGUCGCCUCCUGCAGCGCCUGCUCCGGCGGGGCUGGGGCUGGGGCGGACCCCGCCCGGCUCCUGCCCGACCCCCGCCCGGCCCCCGCCAGCCUCAGGCUGAUCCUGAGGGAGAUCCCACAUUCACCUUGAUCUUCCUCGUCACAUCCCCUUGGAUCCCAGGGAUGAGGCUGCUGGUGGUGGAUGUCCGUCCCCAAGGCUGCCUUGGCACUCUGUGGCUCCAGAAGGGGCUGGUGACGCCCAGGUUGCCCGGGCAGUGCCAGCGGAUGCGUUUUGGCCAAGGCCAAGGCGAGUGA